AUGGAACACUCACUAUCAAUAGAGGAUGCUAGAACAUGUGUCGCUUGGGAAACUAAGAAAAGGACGACAUUGAGAACAGUUCUGGAAAUCAAGAAGACGGCAGGCCCAUCCCCUGGCAGUGGAAACUUUCAUUUCAGAAAGCGAGGAAGUUCGAAACGCGCCAUGUCUGGACCUGCUCAUAAGAAAACGUCAUCAACUUCGAUGGAAUUGAGCGACACUGUAGAUGAGGAAGACGAUCACUUCGAUGAGAGCAACGAAUAA